UUCGGCUUCGACUUCGACGUCUUUCGACAAGCUUCACGCAACACGUAGGUAUUUUCGCCUCAUUAGGUGGCGAACCACGACAACACCGUCCACCUAUCGCUCAUCUACGCUCUUUGACAAUAUACGAGUAUAAGCAGCCCAGAGGACGGCACAUCGCACGCUGCGGGGACUGUGUGCAUCGUGCCGUGAGGUUGGGGUCCGAGAUCGAGUAGGGUUGAAAGAGUGGAUGAUGGCUUUCCAGACCUCUGCUGCGCUGCCUAGCAUGGCAGCGGCAGCGACGGAGCUGUGGCCUUCGAUGACGAAUGCGGUGUCGGCGCCGUGGAGGAUCUUGGGACAGAGGACCCAAAGGAAGGGUGCGCAGGUUCAGCAAGUGGCCCAGUACAGCUCUUCUGUGUCGAAGGCCGCUCUUCCAGAAUUCAUGAAAGACCUCCCGCCGUCCUUUUCUUCCUCCCUCACACCACAAAUCGCAUCUCAAGCACCUUUUAACAUCCGGACUACCGUUUCAGCAAUGCAGAAGGGGACGCUGGCUGCUGCGAACCCCAUCUCCAGACGGGUGUUUAUGGGCCCGCCACAAGUCCGCCAGCUGUCUACGAUACCGCAGUUUCGAAUUCAGCGGCCUACUGCACCUUUCACGAAGAUUGCAAAGCCCCAGGAGAGGACUAUAUUUGGCAGUACCUCGAGGAAUCUUCUAGCGCACAUGGAAGAGACGGCGAACAGAAAUCCGAAUAGCGCUACUGCCCAGAAUGCCUUCUACCAAGCUUUGUUACGUGCUAAUAUGCCUGCCAUAAUCGUCGAGAGAUACCAAACCGGUCAAUUCGCCACAAAUGCGCAUGCUGAUGCGGCGUACCAUAAGGCGCUGGCUAUGCUGGGCGGUGAAGCAACUUCUGGGAACCAACUUGCUGGACAACCAAACAAUCUCACCGACACACAAUUACAGGCUAUUGGCCAAGCAAUCGCCGCUUCGUCACGAGGGGGGAACGUUGCCGUGGCUCGUGGACCCAACAAUGGUAGCGGGGCAAAAGAUGCACCGCUUCAUGUUGUGGUCGAAGAGACCAUUGGUGGCACCAUCUUCAAAUGGGUGAAAUUCCUCCUCUACUUCUGUCUGUUUACAUAUCUGAGCAUGGUGGUCGUUACAAUGAUGAUCGAGACCUUCAAUACGUUCCGAAAGGUUGGCGGAAAAGCCGACAAUGAGGCCAAGGCGGAACAUCAGACUGUGCGGUUCUCAGAUGUCCAUGGAUGUGACGAAGCCAAGGAGGAAUUGCAAGAGCUCGUGGAAUUCUUGAAGAACCCUGAGAAGUUUUCCACGCUCGGUGGCAAACUCCCCAAGGGUGUACUGCUUGUUGGGCCUCCUGGAACCGGAAAGACUCUGUUGGCACGUGCCGUCGCUGGCGAAGCGGGCGUUCCUUUCUUCUUCAUGUCUGGUAGUGAGUUCGACGAAGUCUAUGUGGGAGUUGGUGCAAAGCGAGUUCGUGAGCUCUUUGCUGCCGCCAAGGGAAAAGCUCCUGCUAUUGUCUUCAUCGAUGAGCUGGACGCUAUUGGAGGAAAGCGUAACGCACGAGACGCCGCCUACGUCAAGCAGACUCUCAACCAACUUCUCACUGAGCUGGAUGGUUUUGAACAGAACAGCAAUGUUAUCAUCCUUGCUGCUACCAACUUCCCUGAGUUGUUGGAUAAGGCUCUUACCCGACCUGGCCGAUUCGAUCGAAAUGUUGUCGUUGGUCUUCCUGACGUCCGUGGCCGCAUGGCCAUUCUCAAGCAUCACAUGAAGAACGUUAUUGUCGGCAAAGAUGUGAGCCUUGAAGCCCUUGCAGCAGGAACCCCGGGCUUCUCAGGUGCCGAACUUGAGAACAUCAUCAACCAAGCCGCUGUACACGCGAGCAAGGCUAAGGCGCAAGCUGUCACUAUGUUCGACUUCGAGUGGGCUAAGGAUAAGGUCAUGAUGGGCGCCGAGAAAAAGAGCAUGGUCAUUAGCCAGAAGGAAAAGGAGAUGACUGCGUACCACGAGGCUGGUCAUGCUUUGGUGAUCAUGUUUACACCUGGCAUGAACCCAUUGCAUAAAAUCACCAUCAUGCCUCGUGGCCAGUCCCUUGGUAUGACGAUGCACUUGCCAGAGAUGGACAAAUACUCUAUGGGAAUGAACGAAUAUCAGGCUCAAAUCGACGUUUGUCUCGGGGGUAAGGUUGCGGAAGAAAUGAUCUACGGGCCUGACAAGGUUACCAGUGGAGUUGCUAGUGAUCUUCAAAAGGCAACCCAAAUCGCUUAUGCGAUGGUAACGCGUUUCGGAAUGUCCUCAGAGCUCGGUAAUGUCGAUUUAGCAUCCAAUCAUGACAUGCUAUCAGCCGGUACGAAGCAGCUGAUUGAGUCGGAAGUCCGCCGCGUCAUUGAAGAGGGUCGCGCUCGUGCUACCGCUCUUCUCCAAAACAAGCGCAAGGAAUUAGAUUACCUUGCGAGGGCGCUGGUGGAUUACGAGACACUGAGCAAGGACGAGGCCUACAAGGUGAUCAAGGGAGAAAAGCUGGAAGGUAAACUGGUGAUGCCAAGCGGCAACAUCAAGAUACCUACUCUAGGCGGAUCAAUAGGUGGUGAAUUACCCGAGGUGCCUCAGCUCCCAGGGAGCACACCGGAAGCGGGUAAUGGUGGGAAGGAGCCGCCAGCGGAAGGUGGCGCAGUUGCGUGA